AUGGAUUACCAAACAUUCAGAACUACUGUUUUACCAAAUGCCAAUAUUAAAAAGAUCACUUUAGGUAGCAACACAGCAUUUGUAUUAUUGGAAGGCGAAGAUGGUUUGAAAUCAAUUUCAGUCAAUAUCGUUGGACCAGAAGAUUUCCAAAUGAGAUUACAAGAAGAUCAAACAAGUUUAGGUGUACCAUUACCACAACAAGUUUUUGCUCAUUAUCCAAACAAUAGUAAAUUGAUAACAGAGCUUUUACACAUCAUGCCAACUCUUUUAAUUAUUGGUGCUCUUGUUUUCUUCUCUCGUGGAAUCUCUGGAAAUGUUCUCAGUAAAACUCAAUCACUUUUAUCAAAGAGUAAAGCCACCAAAGCUAAAUCAACCACCACUUUCAAAGAUGUAGCCGGUAUGGAUGAAGCCAAAGAAGAAAUUAUGGAGUUUGUUUCAUUCCUUAAAAACCCAGAGCGUUAUAAAAAAUUGGGUGCUAGAAUUCCAAAGGGUGCCAUUUUAGCAGGUCCACCAGGUACUGGUAAAACUUUAUUAGCCAAAGCCACUGCUGGUGAAGCAGGUGUUAAUUUCUAUACUAUUAGCGGUUCAGAUUUUGUCGAAAUGUUUGUUGGUGUUGGUCCAUCAAGAGUUAGAGAUCUCUUUAAAGAAGCUCGUGCCAACACUCCAUGUAUUGUAUUUAUUGAUGAAAUUGAUGCUGUUGGUCGUGCUAGAUCCCGUGGUGCCUAUCAUAAUGACGAACGUGAAAACACCCUCAAUCAAUUAUUAGUAGAAAUGGAUGGUUUCACCUCAACCAGUGGUGUAGUAGUAUUUGCAGGUACAAAUAGAAGUGAUGUUUUAGAUCCAGCUCUUUUACGUCCAGGUCGUUUCGAUCGUCAAAUCUAUGUAGAUAACCCAGAUAUUAAAGGUAGAAAAGCAAUUUUCAUGGUUCACUUAAAGAAUGUUAAAGUAGAUGGCGAUAUGGAAGAAGUCGCUAAAAAAUUAGCAACCUUAACACCAGGUUUCUCUGGUGCUGAUAUUGCAAAUGUAUGUAAUGAAGGUGCUUUGGUCGCUGCUAGAAACGAUGCCAAAGCUGCAAAAUUCAGUCACUUUGAAGAGGCCAUCGAAAGAGUUUUAGUUGGUCUCAAGAGAGAAAAUCGUGUUUUAUCACCAGAGGAAAGAACUGUUGUCGCCCAUCAUGAAGCUGGUCAUGCCAUUGUUGGUUGGUUCCUCGAACAUACCGAUCCAUUACUCAAAGUUUCGAUUAUGCCAAGAGGAAGUGGCACUUUAGGUUUUGCUCAAUAUCAACCAAAGGAUCAAUAUCUUUACACUCGUGAACAACUUUUCGAUCGUAUAUGUGUAAGUUUGGGUGGUCGUGUUGCAGAACAAAUCAUUUUCGAUCGUAUUACAACCGGCGCUCAAGAUGAUCUCGAAAAAGUUACCAAUAUGGCCAGUGCCAGUAUUGUUCACUAUGGUAUGAAUGAACGUGUUGGUACAGUAUCAUUCAGAAAAGAAAAUGACGAAAUGACUGUUGAAAAACCAUACAGUCAAGCAACUGCCAGAAUGAUCGAUCACGAAGUUAGACAAAUGGUUAAUGAAGCCUAUAAUAGAACUCUUGAAUUAUUAAAUGAAAAGAAAGAACUUUUAGUAAGACUUGCCGAAGUACUUUUAGAAAAAGAUGCAAUCCUUCGUGAUGAUCUUAGAGAAAUUUUAGGUCCAAGACCUUUUGGUGAAAAAACAACUUGGGCAGAAUUAACUGGUGAAACUGAAAAAAACGAAGAAACUGAUAACAAUAGUAAAAAAGAAAACGAAAACGAAAACAAAAACGAAAACGAUAACAAAAACGAAAAUGAAAACGAAAACAAAAACGAUAACGAAAAUGUCAAAGAAGCCGAAAUUAAACAAUAA